AACUACUACUGCUAUUUUUUUUUUGUAUUGAGAGAUUGUGGAAAGCUUGGAAGAAGAAGAAGAAGAAGCCAUGACAACUGAGAUGGUUGUAGGCAAAGGGUUUGGGCUUUGUUUAGAGGCGACGGAGCUCCGUCUAGGCCCGCCGGGUGACGGUGAGAUGACGAAGAACUCUGGAAAAAGAGGGUUCUCUGAGACUAUAGAUUUGAAGCUUAAGCUUAAGACUGUUCAUGAUGCUGAUGAAAGUGGAGUGGAGACGGAGAAGAUGGAGAGGUCUCCGAGCCAGAAGAACGUUCACUCUGAGAACAAGGACCCGGAGAAGCCUCCUGCUAAGGCACAAGUUGUAGGGUGGCCACCAGUUAGAUCCUAUAGAAAAAACAUCAUGGCUGUGCAGUCUGAGAAGGCGGCAAAAGAUGACGGAGAAAAGUCUGCUAAUGGCGUCGCUGCCUUCGUGAAAGUGAGCAUGGAUGGUGCGCCUUAUCUUCGCAAGGUGGACCUAAAGAUGUACAACAGUUAUAAGGAGUUAUCCCUUGCACUUGAGAAGAUGUUCAGCUCCUUCACCAUUGGAAACUGUGGCUCUCAAGGAAUCAAUGGGAGGGAUUUCAUGAAUGAGAGCAAGUUGAUGGAUCUGUUGAAUGGGUCAGAGUAUGUACCAACUUAUGAAGAUAAGGAUGGAGAUUGGAUGCUUGUUGGUGAUGUCCCUUGGGAGAUGUUUGUUGAUUCUUGCAAACGUUUGAGGAUAAUGAAAGGAUCAGAAGCCAUUGGACUUGCACCAAGAGCCAUGGAGAAGUGCAAGAACAGAAGCUGAAGAUCCAAAGCUCCAUUGCCUGCUUGUUAGGUAUCAAAAAAAUCGAAAUUUCGACAAGAAGCAUGUGCCAUGGAUCUCAAUGGAGAAAGACAUAUGUGUGUGUCUGUAAUAUUGUGAUCUAUCUAUAUAUAUAUGUUAAUGUGUCAGUAUAAGGGAUAUGUGAUUCUAUUUUAUUUCUUUUGUUUAUGGGCAAUAAACACUGAUACUUGUUCUUCAAGACUUUGCUAUGUCCACAUUGUUUAUUAAUGUUGUGUUUAAUUAAUUAAGCAUUCAGUAA